GGUACGUGAUCGAAUAGAAACACAAUCCAAAACGUUUCAAACACCAACCAAAUUUGUAAAAUGGCCCAUCUCCGAGCGCAAACGCUAUUCGUUCUGGUGGUCGGGUUAGCGAUUUUAGAUCGCACAUUUGUGGUGGCAAACUUCGACAAGAAUAUGAUUAUUACAUGGGGUAAGCAUCAUAUUGGUAUGAAUGGUGGCAACCUUCGACUUGUCCUAGACAAAUCUGCAGGAUCUGCUAUUCGAUCAAAGGUGGCUCAUUUGUUCGGAAGUGUAGAAAUGCUUAUCAAACUUGUGCCAGGAAAUUCUGCUGGAACCGUCGCAGCAUAUUACUUAUCGUCUACGGGAAGUGCACACGAUGAGAUAGACUUCGAGUUCCUAGGGAAUGCGACUGGUCAGCCUUACACGAUCCACACCAACAUAUUUGCUCAAGGGAAAGGAAACCGUGAGGAACAAUUCCGACCAUGGUUCAACCCGACCAAUGGUUUCCACAACUAUACCAUUCAUUGGAAUCCGUCUGAAGUUGUGUGGUUCGUGGAUGGAACUCCGAUCAGAGUGUUUAGAAACUACGAGAAAGAAGGAAUCGCAUACCCGAACAAGCAAGGUAUGAAAGUGUUCGCGAGUCUAUGGAACGCAGACGACUGGGCGACACAAGGAGGUCGAGUGAAGACAAACUGGACACAAGCACCGUUUGUCGCCGAGGGUCGUAGGUACAAGGCACGAGCUUGCUUGUGGCAGGGACCGGUCAGCAUCAAGCAAUGCGCAGAUCCAACCAUAAAGUCUAAUUGGUGGACUUCACCAUCGUUUAGCCAGCUAACUCGUUCGCAACUAGCAAGGAUGCAAAAGAUACGAGCUGGUUUCAUGAUCUAUGAUUACUGCAAAGACACUAACAGGUUUAAAGGUGUUAUGCCUUCUGAAUGCUCAAAGAGGCAAUUCUAA